GCGCCAAUAGUCGGAGACGUGUGCGUGGCUUGGGAACACAAGGCAAGCCGGCGUCUGAGUGAGACUGGUCCUGUCGCACGGGUUCGGCUUCCUGCCGUCGAGGUUUCAAGUACAACCGAGUACGGUGGAGACGGGCGAGCGAGCAGGGAGGGAACCCAAGAGUCAGUUCACCGUGUCGGUGCGCCAUUCAUCAUCUCACGCUGGACUAGCACCAGGCACUGA